AUGAAAACUACCUAACUGGGAAACGCUCUCCUCUGUUCUUCUACGUACUCGAUGGUCUCGUACUGUAUGUUUACGGAAGUAGUAAUGACGUGUCGCCUUGGUCAUUUUGCAUUAUGGGAUUGGAAAGGUUUAGCUAAUGGCGGAAAUAACACAGCUGGAAGAGAAUUAAAGUAACAAAAUAUUGCUGCCCAUGCAGGUGCUGUGUUGUACCUGAUGGAUAACGUAAGAGCACUCCCUAGUUAGUCUGGAGACCCAGGGAGCUACCCUUUAGACGCUGACCUCCUUAAGGGUUGCCGGAACUCAGUUUUCCUGUGCGAAGCUGAAUGAGUAUCUGAAUAGUUCCAGGACUCCCAGGCCAGCUGUUUGUAGGUUUGGCUCAUCCCAACUUGCUGAGCGAAGUUUUUUCUUUGACAAAGAAAAAAAGAUGUCUACUACAACUCCUGAAGCUAUCAAAAAAUUACUGGAAAACUUGCAGAGUGACUUGAGAGCUCUGUCCUUGGAGUGUAAGAAGAAAUUUCCUCCCGUGAAAGAGGCAGCUGAAUCUGGGAUAGUAAAAAUAAAAACAAUAGCAGCAAGAAACACCGAUGUACUGGCAGGCAGCAGCAGAAAAUAUUAUCAACAUGUUGUGGCAAUUGAUGGAGAAUGGACUAGAAGAACUAAAACUGCUGCAGACUGUCCUUGUACUUUUAACCACAAAUACAGUGGUUCACGAUGAAGCACUUUCUAAGGCAAUCGUCCUUUGCUUUCGUUUGCACUUCACAAAAGACAAUAUUACAAACAAUACUGCAGCAGCUACUGUGCGGCAAGUAGUUACAGUUGUCUUUGAGAGAAUGGUUGCUGAAGAUGAACGGUACAAAGGUGUAGAGCAUCCAGUUGUAGUUCCAGGAAACAGCAACAGACGAUCAGUCAGUACUCUGAAACCCUGUGCUAAAGAUGCUUACAUGCUUUUCCAGGACUUGUGUCAGUUAGUUAAUGCAGAUGCACCUUACUGGUUAGUGGGUAUGACUGAAAUGACUCGAACAUUUGGUCUAGAGCUUCUUGAAUCAGUCCUAAACAAUUUCCCACAAGUAUUUCUACAACACCAAGAAUUUAGUUUCCUACUUAAAGAAAGAGUCUGCCCUCUGGUAAUUAAGCUGUUUUCUCCAAAUAUCAAAUUCAGACAGGGGUCUGGAACAACUGCUUCCCCAGCACCAGUUGAAAAACCAUACUUCCCAAUUUGCAUGCGUCUUUUGAGAGUGGUGUCUGUACUUAUCAAGCACUUUUACAGUCUACUGGUGACAGAAUGUGAAAUUUUUUUGUCAUUGCUGGUGAAAUUUCUGGAUGGAGAUAAACCGCAGUGGCUUCGAGCUGUAGCAGUGGAAUCUAUUCACAGGCUUUGUGUUCAGCCUCAGUUGUUAAGGUGUUUUUGUCAGUCCUAUGAUAUGAAACCUCAUUCUACAAAGGUUUUUCGGGAUAUUGUAAAUGCAUUGGGAUCUUUUAUACAGUCUCUCUUUAUUGUGCCAAAUCAGGGAAAUACUUCUGCUGUAAUCAACCCAAGUGCAACCAGUAAUCCUGGUGCCCCAGUUGCUGCCCAGACUGGACCAGGAAUGAUGGGAGUAACUGGCGGAGUGACACCACAACCUGCAUUUGAGUAUAGAGGAACCUGGAUUCCCAUCUUGAGUGUAACUGUACAGGGCAGUGCUAAAGCAACAUAUUUAGAAAUGUUGGACAAAGUGGAACCACCCUCAAUUCCUGAAGGAUAUGCAAUGUCGGUUGCCUUUACCUGUUUGCUGGAUCUUGUCCGAGGUAUCACUACUAUGAUUGAAGAAGAAUUAGGACAAGAUGAAUCUGCAUCUGUGAUGGAUAUUAAGGCAAGUCCAUUGCAAAAGGAAACUCCAGAAAAUCUCCAGUUACAAUCAGAGUCAGACAAGAAGGAACAGGAACCAGUUCCAAGAAUAGUAUGGGAAGAAAUGGUGAAUGCCUGUUGGUGUGGGCUUCUUGCUGCACUGUCUUUACUCCUUGAUGCCAGCACAGAUGAGACUGCUACAGAAAACAUAUUAAAAGCAGAAAUGACCAUGGCUGCCGUCUGUGGAAGGUUAGGACUCGUCACUCCACGAGAUGCCUUCAUAACAGCCAUUUGCAAGGGCUCCCUCCCUCCACAUUAUGCUCUUACUGUUCUGAAUAGUUCAUCUGGAGUACUUUCCAACAAAUCUUAUUCGAUUCAGGGCCAGACGGUUCAGAUUAUAAGUCCAACAAGUGAGUCGCAUCAGCAAGUAGUGGCAGUGGGACAACCACUUGCUAUUCAACCUCAAGGAACUGUUAUGUUAACAGCAAAAAAUAUUCAGUGUAUGAGAACACUACUGAAUUUAGCUCAUUGUCAUGGAGCAGUUCUUGGGACGUCCUGGCAACUAGUCCUAGCGACCCUGCAGCAUCUUGUUUGGAUUCUGGGAUUAAAACCUGGAAGUGGUGGUGCACUGAAACCUGGGCGUGCAGUUGAAGGGCCAAGCACAGUUUUGACAACUGCAGUCAUGACUGAUCUGCCAGUGAUCUCCAAUAUUCUUUCCAGGCUCUUUGAAAGCUCACAGUACCUUGAUGAUGUCUCCCUGCACCAUUUAAUAAAUGCUCUCUGCUCCUUAUCCAUGGAGGCAAUGGAUAUGGCAUAUGGAAACAACAAGGAGCCAUCUUUGUUUGCUGUUGCUAAAUUGCUAGAAACAGGAUUAGUUAAUAUGCAUAGGAUUGAAAUUUUGUGGAGACCAUUGACUGGACAUCUUUUAGAGAAGGUCUGUCAGCAUCCAAAUUCCCGGAUGAGAGAGUGGGGCGCAGAAGCCAUGACUUCUUUGAUAAAAGCUGGGUUGGCUUUUAAAUAUGAACAACCACUUUCACAGAAUCAGAGGUUGCACUUACUGCUGUUGAAUCCUUUGAAGGAGCUUUCUAACAUUACACAUACUGAUAUCAGACAAAAGCAACUGGAAUGUGUGCUGCAGAUUCUACAAAGCCAGGGAGACAGCCUUGGUCCUGGAUGGCCAUUGGUACUGGGUGUCAUAGGAGCCAUAAGAAAUGAUCAAGGGGAAGCUUUAAUACGUACAGCGUUCCAAUGUUUACAGUUGGUCGUAACAGAUUUUCUACCUACCAUGCCAUGUACUUGUUUACAGAUUGUGGUAGAUGUUGCAGGCAGUUUUGGACUUCAGAAUCAAGAACUGAAUAUCAGUUUGACAUCCAUUGGUUUGCUGUGGAAUAUUUCUGAUUACUUCUAUCAAAGAGGUGAAGCUAUUGAAAAGGAAUUAAACAGAGAAGAAGCGAUCUUACAGAAACAAGCAGAAGAAAAAGGGGUACCUUUAAAUCGCCCCUUUCACCCAGCACCACCGUUUGACUGCCUCUGGCUUUGUUUGUAUGCUAAGCUGGGAGAAUUGUGCAUUGAUCCUCGUCCUGCUGUUAGAAAGAGUGCUGGACAGACUCUGUUUUCUACAGUUGCUGCCCAUGGAACAUUACUGCAGCAUUUAACAUGGCAUACUGUUGUGUGGAAGGUGUUGUUUCAUCUUCUGGAUCGUGUAAGGGAAUCAACAUCAACAGCAGACAAAGAGAAAAUCGAAACUGGUGGCGGUAAUAUCCUCAUUCAUCAUUCAAGAGACACUGCAGAGAAACAAUGGGCUGAGACUUGGGUGCUGACACUGGCUGGUGUGGCCAGGAUUUUUAACUCUAGGAGAUAUUUACUACAGUCUUUAGGUGACUUUACUAAAGCAUGGGAUGUCCUUUUGGAUCACAUCCAUUCAGCUGCACUCAGCAAAAACAAUGAAGUUUCAUUAGCUGCUCUAAAAAGUUUCCAGGAAAUCCUUCAAAUAGUUACACCUGUCAAAGAAUUUGAAAAGCCAGAAACAUUUUCUGCUAUUGGUGUACCAGGUGUGACUGCACCAGUGACUCCUACUGGACCUGGCAGGCCACUGCCUAGAAUUGACUCUUUAGGGGAAAGACUUGGAAAAUACACUGGACCUGAGCAGAUCACUGUAACAGAUGAGAUUGAAGAUUCCUCCUUGUGGUGGGCUGCUUGGAAUACCUGGUAUAAAAUAGGUUCUGAGAGUACAAAACCUCCUGCAAGUUGUGAAAAAAUCAUUUUUAUACCCAGCCAACCUUUCCUUACAGCUUUGAUCCAGAUCUUCCCAGCUGUCUACCAGCACAUCAAAACUGGAUUCAGUAUGGAUGAUCUGAAAAAGCUUGGAGCAAUACUACAUGGGUCUGUAUCAGUUCCAAUCAGCUCUGAUGCUUCACCUUUUAUUCUUCCUUCCUAUACUGAAGCUGUAUUAACUAGUCUACAGGAGGCAGUUCUGACUUCAUUGGAUGGUCUUCAGAAGGCAAUCUGUGUUGGUCCAGAGAAUAUGCAGAUUAUGUACCCAGCGUUAUUUGAUCUAGUUCUGGGAUUUGUAGAGUUCUCUUGUAAACCACCACAGUAUGGGAAAUUGGAAACCAAGCAUGUAGCAAAUGCAAGGUUCAAUCAAAUACAGCUGUUUGCACCGGCUGAAUGGGUAGCUCUAAAUUAUGUGCCUUUUGCUGAGAAGUCAUUGGAGUUUGUGGUAGAUCUGUACCAGAAAACAGCUUGCCAUAAGGCUGUAGUGAAUGAAAGAGUACUUCAAAAAAUUAUUCAGACCCUAAGAAUACCUCUUAGCUUGAAGUAUGCUUGCCCAUCAGAAAGCACGUGGAAGCUUGCCAUUUCUUCUCUCCUGAAAGUUUUGUCCAUUGGGCUUCCAGUUGCAAGACAGCAUGCUGCUUCUGGGAAAUUUGACACCAUGUGGCCAGAACUAGCCAACACAUUUGAAGAUUUCUUAUUCACGAAAAGCCCCGCUCCAGAUAAUCUCUCCAUACAGGAGUUCCAGAAGAAUGAGUCUGUAGAUGUUGAGGUUGUACAGCUUAUCAGCACAGAAAUACUGCCUUAUGCAAAUUUUAUUCCUAAAGAGUUUGUUGGUCAGAUAAUGAGUAUGCUGAACAAAGGAUCAAUCCAUUCUCAGUCAUCUUCAUUUACAGAGGCAGAGAUUGAUAUUAGAAUGAGAGAGGAAUUUUCUAAAGUGUGCUUUGAAACAUUGCUUCAGUUUUCAUUUAGCAAUAAAGUGACAACACCUCAGGAAGGCUACAUAUCACGCAUGGCUCUCUCUGUUUUGUUGAGAAGGUCGCAGGACGUGCUGCACCAUUAUGUUGAAGAUGAAAGACUUAGUGGCAAAUGUCCCCUUCCACGGCAACGUGUGACAGAAAUCACAUUUGUUUUAAAAGCAGUUAGCACUCUGAUUGAUUCUCUAAAGAAAACCCAACCUGAAAAUGUUGAUGCCAGUACAUGGGCACAUGUGAUUGCCUUAUACCCAACCUUAGUAGAAUGUAUAACCUGCUCAUCAUCGGAAGUCUGUUCAGCACUGAAAGAGGCAUUAGUCCCCUUCAAAGACUUCAUGCAUCCCCCAGUACCUAGAGUACAAAAUGGAGACUCUUGACAGACUUAACCUUUGACACUGGAGAAGAAAAUGUUAUCUGAGAAAGAUAAUCUCAGUUUUUAAUGAGCAUCUUAGUUACUCAUGGACAUCACUUAAUGCCAGUAAUUUGGGAGUGAGUGCUGAGCAUCCUAUAAUUUUAUUAACAAGAGUUCACUACAUUAUAUAUGUAAACUGAAUGCCUACUAAAAGGUUUCACAAGUGUGUUGGCAGUACCUCUUAGUGCUUUGUAAAGUUGGGUGGAUCGGGUCUAGCAUUUCAUGAGGCCAUUCUGGAUAGUUACCAUUAACAGUACAUGAUUUUUUUAAACCAGUGUCACAUCCUCCUGCUCUUGGGGUUAUGAAGGAACACUGACCAUCUUGCUCUAUGUAUACAGUGGGAAGAUGUACUCUCUUUGGAGCUCCUGAAACUCUCACCAUCAAUUUGAACUUUCUUCAUGCCAGUUCUCCUUAUAACUUGGACAUAACAACAAAGUUCAAUAAGCUAAACCGUAUAGGUGUCACUAGCAAAACGGAGUUGCUCACUGAAGCCCUAAGGUGUUUACAGAAAGAAGGAUUAAUAUACAACUUGUGGUCUGUGUGUUCAUGAUGCAGUUGUAAAAAAAGCAAAGUAUUUCCUCUUUAUUACUCCAAGAAAACAGACUCAUACUUUUUUGCAGGUACAAAAUUGUACUAAAAAAUUUAUGCAAGUUGGUACUGUAACAUUCCAUGUCAUCCUUAACCAACCAACUUUUGUUAAAAAAAGAAGGGAACUAAAAAGAUUUGUGUGUAUAAUAAACGGUACAGUUCUGUAUAAUGUA